UGGCUGGGCCUGCUGCGCCUGCGCAGGCAGGUGAGGGCAAGAUGGCUGCCGAGCGGAGCGUGGGGGUCGUCGCAGCCCGACCCGGAACCAGGCUGGGCUGGGUGAUGCGAACCCUCCUGCUGCUGUUGUGGCUGGCGGCCCGCGGUAGCACGCUCUACUUCCACAUCGGAGAGACGGAAAAGAAGUGUUUUAUUGAGGAGAUUCCGGACGAAACCAUGGUCAUAGGAAACUACCGGACGCAGCUGUAUGACAAGCAGCGGGAGGAGUACCAGCCGGCCACCCCCGGGCUGGGCAUGUUCGUGGAGGUGAAGGACCCUGAAGACAAGGUCAUCCUGGCUCGGCAGUAUGGCUCUGAAGGCAGGUUCACUUUCACCUCCCAUACCCCUGGUGAGCACCAGAUCUGCCUGCACUCCAAUUCCACCAAGUUCUCCCUCUUUGCUGGAGGCAUGCUGAGAGUUCACCUGGACAUCCAGGUGGGCGAACACGCCAAUGACUACGCAGAAAUAGCCGCCAAGGACAAGCUGAGCGAGCUGCAGCUCCGUGUGCGGCAGCUGGUAGAACAAGUGGAACAGAUCCAGAAGGAGCAGAACUACCAGCGGUGGCGGGAGGAGCGCUUCCGGCAGACCAGUGAGAGCACCAACCAGCGGGUGCUGUGGUGGUCCAUCCUGCAGACCCUCAUCCUCGUGGCCGUCGGCGUCUGGCAGAUGCGGCACCUCAAGAGCUUCUUUGAAGCCAAGAAGCUGGUGUAGCCGUCCCAGGUCUCCCAGGCUGGGAGAAGAGACCUCCUGGAACUGAUUUCCUCUCUGGCAGGAGGACUGGUUCCCAGCCAUCGGUGUCUCAGAGGGGAGAGGGGCUGCGGGCACCUCUAGGCACACGCCGAGGGCUUGGCUGGUGACUGCUCAGCAGAUGGUGGGGCAGGGGUCUGCCCCUCCCCAGGCCUCAGGGCCUUUUGCAGUAAUCACCAGGGGCUGAAGUCGCCCCAUCAGACUCGCAGUGUUACUGAUCAGGGAUGUGAGAUUGCUCUUUGGGGCGGAUGGGGGCGGGAAUGGGUGGGCACGUCAGCCUUCGUUUGCUGUCUUGGGGGUCUGAGUGGGGUGGGGUGUGGCUGUGGUUUUCCUGUUACCCAGGCAUCUUGCUGGUCCCUUGCCUCUAGGCCCAGCCUGUUGGUCCAGGGGAUGUCUGAGGGUUAAGGGGAUGGGGGCAGAGGGGCUUCUAGGGUGGGAGAGUGGCACUGAUGGUGACGCUGGCUGCUGUGUAUGGUUGUCCUUCCUGGGGUUUGAGGAACCGGGAUCAGGCCAAACAGAGGCCAUGGUGCUUGCCAGGACAGGGGUCUGCAGAGUUACUGAUUACGUUUUCAAUAAGUCUAGGUUUGUUAUAUUGGUUUCCCAAUUAAAAACAUUGACUUCU